AUGAACCCCCCCGCCGCGGCCGGCGGGGAGGAGACAGGGGCUGCGGGCGGCGGCUGCCGGGGGGCUGAGGGUGGCGGGGAGACGGCGGGCCCCGCCGGGAUCCCGGAGGAGCAGGGGCUGUCCGCGGCGGACGAGUCGCUGGAGGAGAAGUUGCGGAGCCUCACCUUCAGGAAGCAGGUGUCCUACAGGAAAGCAAUCUCCAGGUCAGGCCUCCAGCACUUGGCUCCUGUGCAUUCCCUCAACAUUCCAGUCACCAAUGGACCUGUGAAGGAACCAAGAGCAGCCUUAGAGUGGACUGAAAAUGCUGUGAAUGGAGAGCAUCUGUGGCUAGAGACAAAUGUUUCUGGGGACCUCUGCUACCUGGGGGAGGAAAGCUGCCAAGUCAAAUUCUCAAAGUCAGCCCUGCGGAGAAAGUGUGCUGCCUGCAAGAUCGUGGUCCACAACGCGUGCAUGGAGCAGUUAGAGAAGAUUAAUUUUCGCUGCAAACCAACUUUCCGAGAAGGAGGCUCCAGAUCUCCAAGAGAAAACUUUGUGCGGCAUCACUGGGUGCACCGGCGGAGGCAGGAGGGCAAAUGUAAGCAGUGUGGAAAGGGCUUUCAGCAGAAAUUCGCCUUCCAUAGUAAAGAGAUUGUGGCCAUCAGUUGUUCCUGGUGCAAGCUGGCGUUUCAUAACAAAGUCACUUGUUUCAUGCUGCAUCACAUUGAGGAGCCGUGUUCCCUGGGGGCUCAUGCUGCUGUCAUCGUGCCUCCCACCUGGAUCAUUAAGGUGAAGAAACCUCAGACCUCCUUAAAGACUUCCACAAGGCGAAAGAAGAGAACAUCUUUUAAAAGAAAAGCCAGCAAAAGAGGAAAUGAAGAUAACAAGGGCCGGCCUUUUGUGAUAAAGCCUAUCUCCUCUCCACUCAUGAAGCCACUGCUGGUUUUUGUCAAUCCAAAAAGUGGAGGGAAUCAGGGCACCAAGGUUCUCCAAAUGUUUAUGUGGUAUUUGAAUCCACGCCAGGUCUUUGAUCUCUCUCAGGAAGGGCCAAGAGAUGCGCUGGAGCUGUACAGAAAAGUGCCAAACCUGAGGAUCCUGGCAUGUGGUGGGGAUGGGACGGUGGGCUGGAUCCUGUCCAUUCUUGAUGAGCUGCAACUCAGCCCCCCACCUCCUGUGGCUGUCCUUCCACUUGGCACUGGGAAUGACCUUGCCCGCACCCUCAACUGGGGUGGGGGUUACACAGAUGAGCCUGUGCCUAAGAUCCUGUGCCAUGUAGAAGAUGGAACCAUUGUCCAGCUGGACCGCUGGAAUCUUCAGGUUGAGCGCAACCCUGAUUUGCCCCAGGAUGAGCUGGAGGAUGGGGCACGUAAGCUUCCCCUCAAUGUCUUCAAUAAUUACUUCAGUCUUGGAUUUGAUGCACAUGUUACGCUGGAGUUCCAUGAAUCCAGAGAAGCAAAUCCAGAGAAAUUCAACAGCCGAUUUAGAAAUAAAAUGUUUUAUGCAGGGGCAGCCUUUACAGACUUUCUACAAAGAAGCUCAAGAGAUUUAUCCAAGCAUGUUAAAGUUGUGUGUGAUGGUACAGACCUGACUCCAAAGAUCCAGGAGCUGAAGUUCCAGUGUAUAGUGUUUUUAAACAUACCCAGGUAUUGUGCUGGUACAAUGCCCUGGGGGAACCCCAGUGACCACAGAGACUUUGAGCCCCAGCGUCAUGAUGAUGGCUACAUUGAAGUCAUUGGGUUCACCAUGGCCUCGCUGGCUGCUCUGCAGGUGGGUGGUCAUGGAGAGAGGCUUCACCAGUGCCGGGAGGUGACGCUUUUGACAUACAAGUCAAUCCCCAUGCAAGUGGAUGGUGAACCCUGUCGGUUGGCUCCCUCCCUCAUCCGAAUCUCCCUGAGGAACCAAGCCAACAUGGUGCAGAAAAGCAAGAGGAGAACAUCUAUGCCUUUGCUGAAUGAUCCUCAUUCCAUCCCAGAUCGCCUGCGCAUCAGAGUGAACAGGAUUAAUUUACAAGAAUAUGAGGGGCUACAUUAUGACAAGGAAAAACUCCGGGAAGCUUCCAUUCCAUUAGGAAUCAUAGUUGUACGAGGAGAUUGUGACUUGGAGACUUGUCGUAUGUACAUUGAUCGUCUACAAGAGGACCUACAGUCAGUAACAUCUGCUACACAGAGAGUUCAUUACCAGGACCAAGAAAGCUCUUUCCCCAGAGUGCUUUCUGUUCAGAGGCUCUCUCCUAGAUGGUGCUUCCUAGAUGCAACUUCUGCUGAUCGUUUUUACCGCAUUGACAGAUCUCAGGAACAUUUGCACUUUGUAACGGAAAUUUCACAGGAUGAGAUUUUUAUUCUGGACCCAGAGAUGGCAACGUCUCAGCAGGUGGGGACACCACCAGGAAUGCCUGACCUGGUAGUGGAGCAGGCAACUGGGAUAUCAGAUCGGUGGAACCCUGUCGUUCGGAAGAGGAUGCUGAGCGACAGCGGCCUUGGAAAGAUUUCUCCCCACUACGAGGUACCUGACAAACAAAAGGACGCCAGCCAGACACAUAUUCUGCAGUCACCGGUUUCUUCAGAAGAUCAAGCACUUUUACAGGCAGUCACAUCUGGUGAUCUAUUGAAGUUCAUAGAAUGUUGUAAAAAAGGAGCCAAUUUGUUAAUCCAAGGACCGGAUCACUGCUCCUUAUUGCACCAUGCUGCUAAGACUGGGAACAGCGAGAUUGUGAAAUACAUCCUGGAGCAUGGUCCAUCUGAAUUACUGGACAUGACAGACAGUGAAACGGGUGAGACAGCAUUACAUAAGGCAGCCUGCCAGCGCCACCGCGCCGUUUGCCAGCUCCUGGUGGAUGCGGGAGCCUCUCUGAGAAAGACAGACUCCAAGGGUAAGACCCCUCGUGACAGGGCUCAGCAAGCUGGUGAUCUGGAUCUGGCCUCCUACCUGGAGAGUCGACAAAACUAUCAAAUUGUUUCCCACGAGGAUCUAGAGACAGCAGUCUGAUGUCUCAAAAUGUUCAAGAGGAUCCCUGGAAAUCUUGAGACUGCAUCUGAGGCAUUCGGGCAUCGUGUGAGGAAGAAACUGAUGGAAUCCACGUGUCUCUCACUCUCGAGGAAAGUACCUGAGGACAUGUCACUGGACCGAGCCUUGCCAUGGAACGGUUAUGUUCCAUAAGUUAGCCCAUAAUGGAUGAGGUGGGACACUCCAAGGUCUGUGGAAUCCAUAGGCCACAAAACUUACCUUUACUGCUUACAGCAAGUAGCAUGAACUUCUCCCAUGUUCAUCUGUACAAUUUAUUAAAAAUAAAAAAAAAAAAAAAAAAGGAAAGAGUAAAAAGGGUGUGGGGGAACAAAAUCCAAACCUAUUGGUACAUUAAGCACCUGACCAGGCUCUUCUCCUUCCUUACAGCUUCCUGCAUUGCUUUUAUUUUCCUGUUCCCCUCACUUCUCGUCAGUUAAAUAUUACCUGUUACUGCUGUGUUGUCUUCACAAAUGGUCAGGAAGCACCAAAAUAUUUGAGGACCUCUGGAUGCCCUUAAGAAAUAUCCAGUGUUUUUAUCAGCUACAUCCUCUCCCUUGCCAUCCUCUUGGAAGCUGUGUUCUCAGUACUCAGCCACCAUAGAGGUUUCUUGCUUUCAGAGAGGAUGCUGCUUAUUGCUUUGUUUCCCAUGGUGUGGGGCACAGUUAGAUUUACAGCAGUGACAAAACCAACCUCAUCAACCUGGGCAUACAGUUACGGUAUCCUCGUGAGACAGGCAUUUGUAUGGAAAGGAGUUAUAUGGGAUAUACCAUGCUGAAUGGCAGAGCAGAAAGUCACCAGGAAGGUUUCUCAUAUCACUUUUGUAUGUGGAAUGGCUGACCCAGCUCUUCUCAGGUUUCAGGCCUGCCUAGAAGUUGAUAGCUGUUCUUUACUUCUGAAAAGAUGGGUUUUGCACUGAGGAGAGAUUUGUGCAAAUCUGAGGGAAUUCUGAUGGAUUGACAGACAGACCUAGUCUUCUUUGCACUGCAGCCGGAGGGAGGAACGAGACCUGGAACAUCAGCAGCCAGCCUGGUUGCUUUGGGAAUGGGAAAAUCUUCUUUGACUGAACCUGUAAAUCUGAUUUUUCAAGGGAACAAAGUUUUGGGGAGUCUGUUCCUGAAAAGGACAAGUAGCAGCUCUUUGCCUUGUAACCCACAAUAGGUUUGAAAUGUAAAGCUUAGCUGCUGUCAAGGCUAGCUGUGUCUUCUGUACUAGUCUGUUCUCUGUGUUAUAACCAUAAAAGAAGAGAAAGCAAACAAAUUCACAGGCAUAAACAAAUGUUUCACCUUUGGGUUUCCAAUUGCUAUAGAUAUCUCAGCUGACAAAAUAGCAGAACUUCCACCUCUACUUUGUCAGACCAGUGCUCAUAGCUGACUUUCGGCAUAACUCUUGCAAUCAAUACAUUUUUUAAUUUUGCUUUGUUGUUUGAUUUGAAAGAUCUACCAGUGUUUGUUUUCACAUGCCUUGCUAGGGGUAACUCUCUGAUAGAUGGUGAUCACCAGGUUACAUACACUUUGAAACCAUGAAAAUAACUCAGGAACUCAGGUCGUUAUCCAGAUAAGUUAUUCUUCUUUGGUAGAAGUGGAGGAAAUAAAAUGAGUGCAAUUUUUUUUUUUUUAAACCAUGAAUGGUUAUUGUGGUAAGGAGAGGGGAAGUGAAAAAAAUAUUUAAAAUUAUUUCCUCUUUUCAAAAAUUAAUUUAAUAUGGGUAAAAUAUUUCCUUAGUAUCUUCCUCUGGAAGGAAAUUAUAUAUAUAUUUAUAAUCUAUAGAUCAAUGGCAACAUGAAAUGUAUUUUGUCUUAUUUUCUGUCUUUACCUCUCUCAUUUAAAAAAUAAAAUAUAAAAGCCAAAUUGCUUCCAUUGAUAAUUAUCCAGAAGCUUGUGGAGAAAAUAAGUAUGUGUAUAUAUUAGAAAAUAAUUUGGCAACUGUUAAAAUAAAAAAAAAUCAGAAUAUAGUUUUGGUGUAUGUGAUAUUUCCACAAGGAAAGAUCCUCACACUGUAGUUUCAUGGUAGGCCUUGUAUCAUUUCCCAGAAAAGACAUUACUGUAAUAUUUCUAUACAUUUGAUAAAAAUAAGAAUUAUGUUACCAUCACAUUAAUCUUUUAAUUUGCUUUACUGAUCUGAGAAAUGGAGAAAGUUUCAAUAGCACAGGAGCUUGGCUCUGUCCUGUGCUGAGGCCAAGCUGAGUAUGGUCACUGAGCCUGUGACAGCUCCCUGAUCCUUUAAUCCCAUGAAGCAGGUGGAGCAGUAAAGGCUUGCUUUAAUCACAGGUAGCCUCCAGAGGCCAGAUGUGGAUUAUGAUAAGGGAACUGCUUCUGGUCCCUCUGUGCCCAGUUGCCUUUCCCUUGUCAGCUCUUCCCUUGUACCCAGGAGGUGCCUGCAGCUGUGGCUGGCUCUGGAACAGCUUGUCAGGAUGGGCAGAUUUCCUGAGCAAUUUUAUGCCAUUUAGACUGCUCAGAUGAACUCAGAGCACACAAGAGAGUGUGGCUUGGAUUUUUCACCAAAAGCUGGAGUAUGGUAUAUGAUCAGCAUGAGCCUACUGUGUCUCUGGAAAGCUGUCCGUGCUGUGUGCUCAUAUAUUUUUAUAUGAUAAAAAUAGCCCCCAGCACCAGAGGUUGGACAGGAACUGUCUGGAUUCAGUGCCUUUAGUGUUCAAGGUGUCCCAAAGCACUGAACAUGCGAUGCACUACAUACUGGUGAUGUUAUCUGUAGGUAACAGAGCACAUCUAUUGCUCUCUACAAUGGCUCAUGUGUGGCAAGCAAUAUCAGAAGUUGGUUCACUGAGGGCAGUUUGGGACCAGGAUGCUCCAGGACUAUUCCUUGCCCUUUUCAAGUGUGAUGGGAUUACCAGAAGCAGGCAGACUGCAGCAGUUAAAGGCGACACAUAUGUACUGAAUCUCUGGAGCACUUGGGAUCUAGAUUAGUACAGUACAACUGUGCCUGCACUGGGCAGGGCCCAAAUUCCAGUGAGCAGCUGGGAAUCCACUUGAAUUACAUGUAAUUUUGAUUUACUAAAAACAUCUGUUCAGUGGCUAUGUCUUUUGAUGUGUGUAUAUUACUAUAUAUAUAUGUAUAUUUAUAAAUAUCAAUAAGCAUGUAUAUAGGUGCACACAUACAUAUGUGAACACACUUGAAAUUGUGCCAUUUGAAUGAUGAAGUCCCUAGGGAUGCUCAGCUACUGAGAUUGCUGGACUGACAAAAUGUCAUUUUACAUUUUGAUUUGUUAUCAAAGGGAACAUUAUUCAGUAGAACUGAGGAGCUUCUGAAUUGUUCCAUUGUACUGGUUUUAAUAUCUCAUUUUGCAGUUAAAUGGGGGGAAAGAAAGUAUUUAUAAUGUUGGUAAAAUAAACUUAAUUUUGUCAUCUCAUAGCAUCAGUUACUCUUACUAUUUCAUGUUUCAAUGCUAGAGGUAUCUUUUAUGUGUUAUUCAAGGCAUGAUGAUAUCAUACAUUUUUCAUUUAUUAUAGCAUAGAACGACAAUAGAAGGGACACUUUGCACUAGACCAGGUUGCUCAGAGCUCCAUCUAAGCUGACUUUGAACACUUCCAGGGAUGGGUCAUCCACAACUUCUCUGAGCAUCCUUCAAUACUGUGAGAUGUGAUGCUGAGUUUUUUCUUAUGUAAAAUAGGGAUUCAAGGCAAAUUUUGCCUGUUACAAAACAGAUGUCAGACUCAAGUGGCUCUUUUGCCAUUUCACGUGGUGGCUUGCUUAUCUGUGUUUUAGCACUUUGGGAUGUCCGUAGGUGUUUUUACUGAGAUCUGUCACUCUUGCUUCUCCCCAGCAGCAGUAGAAUUGCUCAGUCUCAACUCACGGUGCUGUAGCCUGGAUUCAGUCUACAUGAAAUUUCCCCUGCUACAUGAGGACUGUAAUACAGAAGAACCAUAGAAGAAGAAAAUAGAACAAAAUUGAUGUUUUGUUGCCACUGAUCUUCCCAGGUGCAUUUGCUGAGCUGGUACUGUAGAGAAGAAUAGAUUGGGCACAUAGUUUUUCUGGUGGUGUGGCUGUGGGAGGUUUGUUUCAGUUAUAUUUCAUGGCAUAAUGAAAUAUUACUGAAAUAUUACAUCUUUGGCUCGUAUUUGUCAUUUUCUUUGCUGUGACUGUGAAAGCAUGAUAGUGAAAGUUUCUAACAAGAAUUCAUAUAAAAGGUGGCUAUUUUCCUUCCAGCCAUCCCUGAUGCCUUCUCUGGGACAUGUUUAUGUGUUGACCCUUCCAGGAUGACAAAAGCAUAUUGACGUGAUCUGCCUCUGGGGUAUCAAAUGGGCAAGAUAUAUCAGUAGCCUCAAGUUUUCUAGGAGUUUAAUGGUACUCAAGAAAUGUGUGGUCAUGCUGGAAAUUUAAAUG